UAUGGCAGAAUUAGAAUAUCCAUAAUUUCUAUUUGAAAAACAUAACGAAAAUAAAUUCUAUAAAUAUGAAGAAAUAUAAAAUCAUAAAGGUUUUAGGUUGCCAGAUUAAUAGAAUGAUACUAUUUAUUUAUUAGAUUAAGAUGGAGGGUAAUUAGGUUUUUUUAAUUUAGUUGGUGUGAUUUAAAUGGUUGUUACUAUAAUUCUUAAAGCUAACCAAGUGGUUGGAUUCUACUGUCUAAAGAUGGGAAAAAAUAUAUUAAAUUUAAUAUGGAUGCAGACUUUAUUACAGAAUAACCAAAUAUUUAUUAUUCCAAUUUAACAUUUGAUGCAGCACACUCAUAAUAAUAUAAAUAAUUACAUCAAAAUAAUAAUAAAGAUUAAUUUAUUGAAAAUUAAUAAUAAGAAGAUCAUUAAAAGAAAUUAAAAGAAUAUAAAAGUAAUUAAAAGGAAAUAAAAGGCAAAAAGGAUAAAAUUUAUGUUACUUCAGAAAAAGCAAAGGAUAAAAAGUAAAUUGAAAAUUAAAUACAAAAUAAUAAGUGUGUUGAAAAAACCGAUAAUUAGGUAGAACUAUUAAGAAAUAAUAGAGAUAAAAAAAAAAAUGAUAGAAGGAGUAAAAAUAACAAAAAGGACGAUUAGAAUUAGAAUAAUAAUUAGACUAAGAAAUAUUAUAUAUUAAACAUAGAGGAAAAUACUUUGAGCAAUGAAGAUUUUAUAAAAUAUUUAAUUGAAGAGUCCAAAAUUAAAAAAGAAUUUAUCAUUGAUUACAAUGAGAAUAUCUUGAAACUAGUUUAAGAGAAAGAUGCCAUUAAAUUAUAUAGAGUAAAUAAAAAGGAAUAAAUUAAUAAAGUUUAGAAGUUUAUUGUUUCCAUAUGA